AGAGAACGUAAAUACGUUCUCUGGAACAGAUGUUAUUAAAUAACAUUAAACAAAAACAUAAUAGUGCAAGACGGGUUUUAGCACAACAUAGGGUGGAAAUAAAUAAAGUAAAUUAUUACUUAUUCCAAGAUAACUAAAAGCGCGAUUCUCACAGCGCAACAAAGCGUACGAACAACCUGCUGACCGUAAAAACGAGAUAAAUAAAAGCGGCUACAGUGGCAUAUUGACGAGGGGCAAAAGUACAAAUUGUUGAUUUGAAAAUAGAAUAGAUAAUGCUGUCUUUCAUCAGACGAAAACUAUCGGAGACGGAAUCAGCAGGGAGCGGUAGCAACGCAACGCUUGCGAAUACCGCAGUUGAUAAUAUACUUGUUCAGAAAACUAAACAAAUGUCUUUGGAAAAUGAGGCCAUACCAAUUGCUGAAGAUGCGUUGCUUCAGGAGUUGGGCUACAGAAAUGCAACUGAUUUGCAGGAAACUGUUUAUGAUGCGCUGAGAACCAUUCGCGAUCCGGAAAAGCCUUGUACGUUGGAGGAUCUGAAUGUGGUCUAUGAGGAUGGCAUAAUGGUACAACCGUCAACGAAAUCAAAUGUUUCAGUGGUUCGAAUUGAAUUCAAUCCCACGGUGCCACAUUGUUCUUUAGCAACACUUAUCGGUCUGUGCAUCCGCGUUAAAGUGGAACGCAGUCUACCACAUAAUAUUAAAUUGGACAUUUACAUUAAGAAGGGUGCACAUGCAACAGAAGACGAGAUUAAUAAACAAAUAAACGACAAAGAGCGAAUCGCUGCUGCCAUGGAGAAUCCAAAUUUGCGCGAGCUAGUGGAGAAUUGCAUUAAGGAAGAAGAAUGAGCAAUAAUUUACUUAAAAUAAAAAAUAUAAUUUUAAUAUCAAAAUAAGGUUCGUAAAUUAAGAAAAUGUAAACAAAUUA